CCGAACCGUCACAACUAUUAAAUGUCAACGAAAAACAAUCUGUCAACGACGGCAACGACAUUCACCUAAAUAUUUGCGAAAUACUUUUUUAUUUUUUACUUUGCUCUCCAAUUUGCCAUGUCUCCGAAAAAUAAAACAAAUAAAUCUGGUGACUUUGAUGUCGUCCAAUACUUCCUCAAUCUCAUGGAGAAGGACAAAGAUCUCAAUUCUGGAAUCGCAGCUAUCAAGACCCUACUCAUGAUUCUAGAAAAGAAACAAUUUGAAACCAUACACAUUCUGCAUGAAACAAUGCGCAAUGCAGUCGAUGCGAUGCGAAGGACCGACAUCUCUAUUGCUGCCAUCGUGUCAGGUGGGGAGCUAUUCUGUCGAUUCAUCACACUCAGCUUGGAUGACAAGCACAUGGAAGAAUGCCGACAAAUUAUGUUGCAUCGAGGCAAGAUUUUCCUGGCCAAGCUGGAACAAUCGCGAAUCGUAAUCGCCCGUCAGGCUGCUCUUUUCGUAACCGAUGGCUGCCGAGUUUUGACACACUCCAGAUCAAGAGUAGUCUUACAGACCCUCAUCACAGCUGCCAAGUCGAACAAACAGUUCCAUGUCUAUGUGACGAACGGUGGCCCUGACAAUUCUGGUUCCCAGAUGUGUCGUGAUCUUGAAAAGGCUGGCAUCGAAACAACACUGAUUCUAGACUCUGCCAUUGGUUAUGUCAUGGAAAGUGUGGACAUAGUUAUGGUUGGAGCUGAGGGAGUUGUUGAAAGUGGUGGCAUCAUAAACCGAGUGGGAAGCUUCACAAUGGGUCUCUGUGCGCGUGAAAUGAAGAAACCCUUUUAUGUGCUCGCCGAGAGUUUCAAGUUCACCAGACUCUAUCCAUUGAACCAGAGAGAUCUUCCAGACGAGUAUAAGUAUCGAGCUAAAGACCUCAGUGACGUUUCCAAGAGCCAUCCACUAGUCGAUUACACUCCACCAGCCUAUAUCACUCUUUUGUUCACAGAUUUGGGAAUACUCACUCCAUCUGCAGUGAGUGACGAGCUAAUUAAAUUGUAUAUGUAAACGAAGUUGAGGGAAAUUUGAAUUAAAGUUGCUGGCAAUAAAAAAAGGAUUUUUAUAGAAAUAAAA